AUGAAACCCGUUCGCCGGAUCGCUACGAACGAGGACCUGGACAAGUUCCGAGAGAGCCCGACCUACGGUGAUUUGUUGGGCUUUGUUGAAUCGCUGAAUGCGGCGUGUUUCGGCCACGAGCUUGGUCCUGACGGGAACGAAUCAGAAACAGUCCUGAAACUGCGGGCCCUCGUAGGCGAGGUGGCUGCCGCGGUCGACAGACACCCGUCUGGAGAACAGAGCUCGCGGUUCGGAAAGCCCGAGUUCCGUGAUUUCUACGACGAUGUCGAGAGCCAUAUGCUGCAAUGGCUCGAGCCGUUCGAUUUGGGAAACUCCGCAGAGGAAGUGGCGACCUACGUUGUCGAGUCGUGGGGUAAUCGCAAACGCAUUGACUACGGGUCUGGCCAUGAGCUCAAUUUUGUAUGCGCACUGCUGUGUCUCCAAAAAUUGGGCAAACUGAGCACUCAGGAUCACCGCAAUCUCGCGCUCGAUGUAUUUGCAGAUUACUUGACCGUGAUGAGGAAAAUCCAGAAAGAGUACUGGCUCGAACCCGCCGGCUCACAUGGUGUUUGGGGUCUUGACGACUACCACUUUCUUCCGUUUCUGCUGGGCUCUGGCCAGCUUGUGCCCCACAAGUAUUUACGUCCCAUGUCGAUUCACGAUGAAGACAUGGUCGACAUGUACGCCAGCAAGUACUACUACUUUGGCUGCAUCAAAUUCAUCAAUUCUGUCAAAACGGCGUCGCUCCGGUGGCAUUCGCCCAUGCUCGAUGAUAUUUCUGGCGUCAAAAAGUGGGAAAAGGUCAAUUCCGGUAUGCUGAAAAUGUAUCGAGCAGAAGUGCUGGGCAAACUGCCCAUUAUGCAGCAUUUUAUGUUCGGGUCAAUAAUACCUGCUCCCGAGGGCAUGACCCCUCCUGAUCAAGUAGGCGAUACCCACCAGCACGAUUUGUUCGACUGCUGCGGCAUCCCUGUGCCCUCUGCGGUUGCCGCUGCGGCCGCCGAGCGGAGAACCAUUCCGUUUGAUUAA